GACCAUCUGUAGCAGACAGAAGAAAGAGCUGCAAGUGGAGGCGAUCAGUCUGAGCAGAGUUGACUCCUCAACAGCCAUGGCUGAAGGGGGCGAGGGCGAAGACGAGAUCCAGUUCCUGCGAACUGAUGAUGAAGUUGUACUUCAGUGUGUAACCAGCAUCCAGAAGGAACAUCGUAAGUUUUGCCUGUCUGCUGAGGGUCUAGGUAAUCGACUUUGUUUUUUAGAGCCAACUUCAGAGGCCAAGUAUGUUCCACCCGACCUUUGUAUCUGCAAUUUUGUGUUGGAGCAGUCCCUGUCUGUCAGAGCACUUCAAGAAAUGCUUGCUAGUACAGGUGAAAAGGGUAACGAUGGGGCUGCUCAGGGAGGUGGCCAUAGAACUCUUCUGUAUGGCCAUGCAAUUCUACUUCGACAUUCUUACAGUGGAAUGUAUCUGGCAUGUUUAAAAACCUCAAGAUCCCAGACAGACAAGCUUGCCUUUGAUGUGGGUUUGCAAGAAGAUUCUACAGGUGAGGCCUGUUGGUGGACCAUUCAUCCUGCUUCCAAACAGAGGUCAGAAGGAGAGAAGGUACGAAUAGGGGAUGACCUGAUUCUUGUCAGCGUUUCCACCGAGAGAUAUUUGCAUCUUUCCAUUUCUAAUGGAGACACAAUGGUUGAUGCAUCCUUUAUGCAGACGCUUUGGAAUGUGCAUCCAACGUGCUCAGGCAGUAAUGUUGCAGAAGGUUUCCUCCUUGGUGGGCAUGUUAUGCGGCUGUUUCAUGGUCAUGAUGAGUGUCUGACAGUCCCAUCUACAGGUCUGAAGGGUGAACAGCCCAGGUUGGUUAACUUUGAAGCAGGAGGUGCUGAAGUCCGUGCCAGAUCAUUGUGGCGUUUGGAACCCCUUCGGAUAAGCUGGAGUGGAAGUCAUAUAAGGUGGGGACAACCUUUCCGUCUUCGACAUAUCACAACAGGACAAUAUCUAUCCUUGGUGCAGGACCAGGGCCUAGUGCUAGUGGAACGAGAAAAAUCAGACACAAAAUCCACUGCUUUCUGGUUCAGAGCAUCAAAGGAAAAGCUAGAUUCCGGUCCCAAGCGUGACAUUGAAGGGAUGGGGCCUGCUGAAAUUAAAUAUGGUGACUCAAUCUGCUUUGUCCAACAUGUUAACAGUGGGCUGUGGUUGACUUACCAGGCUCCUGAUGCUAAAUCAGCACGUCUUGGACCCCUGAAAAGAAGAGCCAUACUGCACCAAGAAGGACAUAUGGAUGAUGGUUUGACACUGCAGAGGUGUCAGCAUGAAGAAUCACAAGCUGCUCGCAUUAUUCGUAAUACAACAAGACUUUUCCGACAAUUUAUAAGGGGUCUUGAUUCUAUAAGCGGGAAGAACAGAGUGUCAGCACCCAUCGCCUUGCCUAUUGAGGAGACUGCACAGACUCUGCAGGACCUGAUUACCUACUUCAUGCCUCCUGAGGAAGAUUUGGAACAUGAGGAAAAACAAAAUAAACUCCGUUCUCUCAAAAACAGACAGAAUUUAUUCAAGGAAGAGGGCAUGCUAAUAUUAGUGUUGAACUGCAUUGACCGUCUAAACAUCUACAAUAGCGCUGCUCAUUUUUCGGAAUUUGCUGGGGAAGAAGCUGGAUCAGCAUGGAAAGAAAUCUUGAACCUCCUUUAUGAACUGCUAGCUGCCCUUAUCCGUGGCAAUCGAAGCAACUGUACUCAGUUUUCCAAUAAUCUCAACUGGUUAAUUAGUAAAUUGGACAGACUAGAAUCUUCCUCAGGAAUUCUAGAAGUAUUACACUGCAUCUUGAUUGAAAGCCCAGAAGCCCUGAAUUUGAUAGAAGAGGGGCAUAUCAAAUCAAUUAUCUCUCUGUUGGAUAAACAUGGCCGAAAUCACAAGGUUCUCGAUGUGCUAUGCUCCCUGUGUGUUUGCAAUGGAGUUGCAGUGCGUACCAGUCAAAAUCUUAUUUGCGACAAUCUUCUACCAAGAAGAGACUUACUCCUACAAACACAGAUGGUUAACAGUGUACAAAGCAUGAGACCAAACAUUUUCCUUGGAGUAAGUGAAGGUUCUGCUCAAUACAAGAGAUGGUAUUAUGAACUGUACAUCGAUCAAGUUGACCCAUUUUUAACAGCAGAACCUACACAUUUGCGUGUUGGUUGGGCUACUACAGAAGGUUACUCUCCCUAUCCGGGUGGUGGAGAAGGCUGGGGAAAUAAUGGUGUUGGUGAUGACCUCUACUCUUAUGGAUUUGAUGGCCUCCAUCUGUGGUCAGGGCGUGUUCCCAGAGCUGUUGCAUCUAUAAACCAGCACUUGUUAAUGUCAGAUGAUGUUGUAAGCUGCUGUCUGGACUUGGGAGUGCCGAGUAUUUCAUUCCGUAUCAACGGGCAGCCAGUGCAGGGCAUGUUUGAAAAUUUCAACACAGAUGGACUGUUCUUUCCUGUUGUGAGCUUCUCAGCAGGUGUAAAAGCCCGUUUCCUUCUGGGAGGACGACAUGGAGAAUUCAAGUUUUUGCCUCCAGCUGGCUAUGCUCCAUGCUAUGAAGCGCUGCUUCCAAAAGAGAAGAUGAGAGUAGAACCUGUCAAAGAGUACAAACGAGACAAUGACAAAGUCAGGGAUUUACUUGGCACAACAGAGUUCCUUUCUCAAGCUUCCUUUAUUCCUUGCCCUGUUGACACUAGCCAGAUUGUCUUGCCACCACAUCUUGAAAAAAUAAGAGACAAACUAGCAGAGAAUAUUCAUGAACUCUGGGCUAUGAACAAAAUAGAACUUGGCUGGACAUAUGGCAAGAUAAGAGAUGACAACAAAAGACAACAUCCCUGCCUUGUGGAAUUUUCAAAAUUACCAGAAACAGAAAAAAAUUAUAACCUCCAAAUGUCUACAGAAACAUUAAAAACUCUGUUAGCACUUGGAUGUCAUUUUGCUCAUGUUAAUCCAAAAGCAGAAGAAGAUCUGAAAAAAAUGAAACUUCCUAAAAACUAUGUGAUGUCAAACGGUUAUAAACCAGCUCCACUGGAUCUUACAGAUGUCAAACUGAUACCCGCCCAGGAAGCUCUAGUGGACAAACUUGCAGAAAAUGCACACAAUGUUUGGGCGAAAGACAGAAUUAGACAAGGCUGGACCUAUGGCAUACAGCAGGAUGUCAAAAAUAAAAGAAAUCCUCGCCUGGUGCCGUACGUAUUACUUGAUGAACGAACCAAGAAAUCAAACAGAGAUAGUCUUCGUGAGGCUAUUCGAACAUUUAUCGGUUAUGGAUACAGCAUUGAGCCAGCAGACCAAGAAAUGGCUGGUCAAAUUGUGGAGAAAGUCAGCAUUGACAAGAUUCGCUUUUUCCGAAUUGAGAAAUUUUAUGCUGUGAAGUCAGGAAAAUGGUACUUUGAAUUUGAAGCUGUUACUGGAGGAGAAAUGCGUGUUGGCUGGGCAAGGCCUGGAUGCAGACCUGAUGUAGAACUUGGUUCUGAUGACCAAGCCUUUGUAUUUGAUGGCAGCAAGGGAUUACGCUGGAAUCAAGGAAGUUCGUUCUUCGGUCGUAUGUGGCAGCCAGGUGACGUUGUUGGCUGCAUGAUCGAUCUAAAAGAUAAAUCAAUAAUAUUCACCCUUAAUGGAGAACUGCUGAUUACAAACAAAGGCUCAGAGCUGACAUUUGCAGAUUUUGAUAUUCAUGAUGGUUUUAUUCCUGUUUGCUGCCUUGGUCUCUCCCAGAUUGGUCGUAUGAAUCUUGGAAGGGAUGCCAGUACUUUUAAAUACUAUACAAUGUGUGGUCUCCAAGAAGGUUUUGAACCUUUUGCUGUCAAUAUGAAUCAUGAUGUCCCUAUGUGGUUCAGCAAACGGCUGCCAACUUUUGUCAAUAUUCCAGAUGAUCAUAAACAUAUUGAGGUUACAAGAAUUGAUGGAACUGUUGAUAGCCCACCAUGCUUGAAGGUCACCCACAAGACAUUUGGCACGCAGAAUAGUAAUGCUGACAUGGUGUUCUGUCGUUUGAGUAUGCCUGUGGAGUGCUAUUCCACCUUCAAACAUGGCACCAUUCAGGAAGCAGAAAGGCAAGAUUCAGAAAGCACAACUGAGAGUGCUUUUGAUGAUUCUUCUCAAAAAAAUAAACAAAGGUUCCCUUCAAAGGCACAAAAGCAAAUUGAUGAUCUUUCAGUUUCAUCUAAGAAAUCUGGAGCAGCUCCAGACAUAACCACAUUUUUCUACUCAGUCCGAGUUUUUGGAGGACAAGACCCUUCUUCUGUUUGGGUCGGCUGGGUGACUCCUGACUACCAUUGCUAUAGUAACAAAUUUGAUUUGAACAGAAAUCGUACAGUCACAGUUACACUUGGUGAUGAAAGAGGGCGAGUUCAUGAAAGCCUGAAGCGCAGUAACUGUUAUAUGGUUUGGGGAGGAGACAUAAUGAGCAGCUCUCAGAGAACAUCCAGAAGUAAUGUGGACUUUGAAAUUGGAUGCUUUAUGGACUUAGCUACAGGGACCCUUUCCUUUACAGCCAAUGGAAAAGAUCUUGGCACUUAUUAUCAGGUUGAAGCAAACACAAAAUUAUUUCCAGCUGUUUUCGUACAACCUAUGAGUCAAAACUUGUUUCAGUUUGAACUUGGCAAAAUAAGGAAUACCAUGCCUUUGUCAUCAGCAAUCUUUAAAAGUGAGCGGAAGAAUCCUGUUCCACAGUGCCCUCCUCGUCUCAAUGUACAAACCAUUACCCCUGUUCUCUGGAGCCGAAUGCCAAAUUCUUUCCUAGAUGUUGAGACUGCACGUGUUAGUGAACGACAUGGCUGGGUAGUACAGUGCCUUGAACCCCUGCAAAUGAUGGCACUUCAUAUACCAGAGGAGAACAGAUGUGUAGAUAUAUUGGAACUUUCAGAACAAGAAGAUCUCAUGGACUUUCACUCCCACACCCUGAAGCUUUACUGUGCAGUCUGUGCAUUAGGUAAUAACAGAGUAGCACAUGCACUCUGCAGCCAUGUUGAUCAGCCUCAGUUGUUGUACACCAUUGACAACCAGUUUCUUCCUGGACUUCUACGAGGUGGAUUCUAUGAUUUGUUAAUUAGUAUUCACUUAGAGUCUGCCAAGGAGGCUAGACUCAUGAUGAAUAAUGAAUAUAUCAUUCCAAUCAACAACCAAACAAGGAACAUUAAGCUUUUCCCAGAUGACUCAAAGAAACAUGGAUUACCAGGAGUGGGGCCUACUACUUGCUUGAAGCCUAACCUGAAUUUCAAUGAACCAUGUUUCAUAAGUACUAGUGAGAGCCGCUUACUGCACAGUCCAGAAAUACCAUUAGAAAUUCUGAAAUCUAAAGCUCUCAGUAUGCUAACAGAUGCAGUGCAGAGCAGUGGAAAUCACAUUAGAGACCCUGUUGGUGGAAGUGUUGAAUUUCAGUAUGUCCCCAUUCUUAAGCUAAUUGGGACAUUACUCAACAUUGGAGUUUUCAGUGAUGAUGACGUUAAGCAAAUUCUGCUUCUGAUUGAUCCAAAUGUAUUUGGGGACCAGAAAGAAGAGACUGUCGAAAAAACCGAGAAAGAAGAGGUGACAAAGAAUGAAGAAAAGGCUGUUGAAGCUGGGGAGGAAUCAGUCAAAGAAACUAAACCUCCAGUGCAAGGCUUAUUGGAAAAACGACUUCCAGAGUCUGUUAAACGCCAGAUGUGCGAGCUACUACAUUACUUCUGUGACUGUGAGCAGAAACACAGGGUAGAAGCCAUAGUGUCAUUUUCAGAUAGGUUUGUUGGAAAGCUGCAGUUUAACCAGAAGUUCAGAUACAAUGAAUUGAUGCAGGCUUUAAAUAUGUCCGCUGCUCUCACAGCCAGGAAAACAAAAGAAUUUCGUUCACCUCCUCAAGAACAAAUCAAUAUGUUGGUGAAUUUUAAGAAUGAUGAUGACUGUCCAUGCCCUGAAGAUAUUCGAGAUGAACUUUACGAGUUCCAUGAUGACCUUCUUAUGCAUUGUGGCAUUCCACUAGAGGAGGAAGAAGAGGAGGAACAGGAUACAUCCUGGAGAGGACGACUGCGAUCUCUGGUCUACAAAAUCAAAGGUCCGCCAAAGGAGUUGAAAGAAGAACCUACUGAAGAGGAAGAAAAAGCUCCAACAACUUUGAAAGAGCUUAUAUCUCAAACUAUGGUUCGCUGGGCCCAGGAAGAACACAUUCAGGACCCAGAACUGGUCAGGAUUAUGUUUAGUCUCCUCCGCAUGCAGUAUGACAGUAUUGGUGAGCUGUUAAAAGCCAUGAGAAAGUCUUAUACCAUUAGUGCUGCUUCUGUAGAAGAUACAGUCAACCUGCUGGAAUCACUUGGACAGAUCCGAUCCCUCCUAAGUGUCAGAAUGGGCAAAGAAGAAGAAAAACUGAUGAUUAAUGGUUUAGGGGAUAUCAUGAAUAACAAAGUGUUUUAUCAGCAUCCCAACCUUAUGAGAGUACUGGGCAUGCAUGAGACCGUCAUGGAAGUUAUGGUGAAUGUACUAGGUGGAGAUAAGUCCCAGAAGAUUGCUUUCCCAAAGAUGGUAGCCAGCUGUUGCAGAUUUCUAUGCUACUUCUGCCGCAUCAGUCGUCAGAACCAAAAAGCCAUGUUUGACCACCUUAGUUACCUCCUGGAAAACAGCAGUGUCGGGCUAGCCUCCCCUUCCAUGCGUGGUUCAACGCCUCUUGAUGUGGCUGCAGCUUCUGUGAUGGACAACAAUAAGCUUGCUCUGGCUCUCGAAGAACCUGACCUGGAGAAGGUGGUAAUGUAUUUGGCAGGCUGUGGGCUACAGAGCUGCCCAAUGCUAGUUGCUAAAGGCUAUCCUGACAUUGGGUGGAAUCCAAUUGAGGGAGAACGUUACUUAUCUUUCCUGCGUUUUGCUGUCUUUGUUAAUGGUGAAAGUGUUGAAGAAAAUGCUAGUGUAGUAGUAAAGUUGUUAAUUCGCCGUCCAGAAUGUUUUGGUCCAGCUCUAAGAGGAGAAGGUGGGAACGGCUUGUUGGCAGCCAUGAAUGAGGCCAUCAAAAUUUCAGAAGAUCCAGCACUUGACCUUCCAACUAUUCCCCCUGGGUACCAUAGGCAAACGAGUGCAGAAGAUGACGAAGAAGAUGAAAUAGUACAUAUGGGUAAUGCAAUAAUGUCAUUUUAUUCGGCUCUGAUUGACCUGCUUGGACGUUGUGCACCAGAGAUGCAUUUAAUCCAGGCUGGAAAAGGUGAAGCCAUUAGAAUUAAAUCUAUUCUCCGUUCACUGGUGCCAACUGAGGACCUUGUUGGAAUUAUCAGCAUACCACUUAAACUACCAACUGUUAACAAAGAUGGCACAAUCAAUGAGCCGGACAUGGCUGCAAGUUUCUGUCCUGACCACAAGGCACCUAUGGUUCUGUUUUUAGACCGUGUCUAUGGUAUUGAAAACCAAAGCUUCUUACUACACUUGUUGGAGGUUGGAUUUCUGCCAGAUUUAAGAGCAUCUGCAUCUCUUGAUACAGCAUCUCUGAGUACAACAGAAUCUGCACUUGCUCUGAACCGAUAUAUCUGCUCUGCAGUACUUCCCUUAUUAAAACGCUGCGCACCUUUGUUUGCUGGAACAGAACACUAUGGCCCUUUGAUUGAUUCUACACUCCACACAAUCUAUAGACUGUCUAAGGGUCGUUCUCUUACUAAGGCACAAAGAGAUACAAUAGAAGCAUGUUUGCUAUCCAUUUGCAGUUACUUGCGACCUGCCAUGUUACAGCAACUGCUACGUCGCCUUGUUUUUGAUGUUCCUCUGCUUACAGAAUACUGUAAAAUGCCACUCAAGUUAUUAACAAACCAUUAUGAACAUUCCUGGAAGUACUACUGUCUGCCAUCAGGAUGGAAGAACUAUGGAAUUGCAUCUGAAGAGGAGUUACAUCUGACUAAGAAACUUUUCUGGGGAAUCUUUGAGUCACUGUCUAAAAAGAAGUAUGACCCUGAGCUCUUUAAAAUGGCCAUGCCUUGUCUCAGCGCCAUUUCUGGUGCUCUGCCUCCAGACUAUGUAGACCUCAGCAUAAGUACUACUGUACAGAAACAGGCCUCUGUGGAUACUGAGGGUAACUUUGAACCAAGGCCAAUCAACACUGCCAAUCUCUCACUUCCAGAAAAGCUUGAGUAUAUCGCCAGCAAAUAUGCAGAACACCUUCAUGACAAGUGGGCAUUUGAAAAGAUACAGGGUGGAUGGAAACUUGGUGCUUCUUUGGAUGAAAAUGCAAAGACCCAUCCAUUAAUCCGGCCUUUCAAAACACUAACUGACAAGGAAAAAGAAAUUUAUCGCUGGCCAAUUAGGGAAUCCCUUAAGAGUAUGUUAGCCAUGGGAUGGACCAUUGAAAGAACCAAAGAAGGUGAGGCAAUGGCUCAACAGCGAGAAAGUGAAAAGCUCCGCAAAAUCUCCCAGUCCACCCAGAGUGAUGGCUAUACUCCAGCUCCAUUUGACAUGGCAAACGUUGUUCUUUCCAGGGAGCUGCAGGGAAUGGUUGAGGUAGUAGCAGAAAACUAUCACAACAUUUGGGCAAAGAAGAAGAAAACAGAAUUAGAAAGCAAAGGUGGAGGAAGUCAUCCUUUGUUGGUACCAUAUGACACCCUGACAGCUAAAGAAAAGGCCAGAGAUAAAGAAAAGGCCCAAGAACUGUUCAAGUUCCUCCAGAUAAAUGGCUAUGCAAUAUCAAGAGGCCAGAAAGAUAUGGAACUAGAUGCCUCAUCCAUAGAGAAGAGGUUAGCCUACAAGUUUCUACAAACACUGUUGAAGUAUGUAGAUUCUGCACAAGAAUUCAUUGCACAUUUGGAGGCCAUGGCUAGCAGUGGAAAAACAGAAAAAUCGCCACACGAACAGGAAAUCAAAUUCUUUGCUAAAAUUAUACUUCCACUGGUUGAUCAGUACUUUAAGAAUCAUCGCCUUUAUUUCUUGUCUUCCCCAACAAAAACUCUCAGCAGUAGUGGAUAUGCCUCUAACAAGGAGAAAGAAAUGGUGACAAGUCUCUUUUGUAAACUUGCUGCUCUUGUUAGACAUAGGAUUUCUCUCUUUGGAAGUGACUCUGCUACUAUGGUGAGCUGCCUACACAUCUUAGCUCAGUCGCUGGACACUAGAACUGUCAUGAAGUCUGGAGGAGAGCUGGUAAAAGCUGGACUGCGAGGCUUUUUUGAAAAUGCUGCUGAAGAUUUGGAGAAGACGUCAGAAAAUCUGAAACUUGGAAAGUUUACCCAUUCUCGAACACAGAUAAAAGGAGUUACUCAGAACAUCAACUACACCACUGUGGCCUUGUUACCUGUCCUGACUUCAUUAUUUGAACAUAUUGCUCAGCAUCAGUUUGGAACAGAUUUACUUUUGGAUGAUGUGCAAGUUUCAGCCUAUCGAAUCCUUUGCAGUCUAUACUCUCUUGGAACAGGAAAGAACAUCUAUGUUGAAAGGCAGCGACCAGCUUUAGGGGAGUGUUUAGCUGCCCUUGCAGGGGCAAUGCCAGUGGCUUUCCUUGAAUGUCAACUGAACUCUUACAAUCCCCAUUCUGUCUUCAGUACCAAGACACCUAGGGAACGAGCUAUUUUAGGUAUGCCUGAUAAAGUAGAAGAAAUGUGCCCAGACAUCCCACCGCUGGAAGGGUUAAUGAAGGAAAUUAAUGAAUUAGCAGAGUCAGGAGCACGAUACACAGAAAUGCCACAUGUUAUUGAAGUGGUUCUGCCCAUGCUGUGUAGCUACCUGUCUUACUGGUGGGAACGAGGCCGAGAGAAUAUGCCAGAAAGCUCUGGUCCUUGCUGCACUUUGGUUACAUCUGAACACCUUAGCAUCAUCUUAGGAAAUAUCCUGAAAAUCAUCAACAACAACUUGGGCAUUGAUGAGGCUUCCUGGAUGAAGAGAAUUGCAGUGUAUGCCCAGCCAAUUAUCAGCAAAGCUAGGCCUGAUUUGUUGAAAACACACUUCAUACCAACAUUAGAAAAACUGAAGAAGAAAGCAGUAAAGAUAGUCACAGAAGAGGAGCAACUGAAGGCUGAAAGUAAAAUUGACACACAAGAGGCCGAAUUACUCAUACUGGAUGAAUUUGCUGUCCUUUGCCGGGAUCUAUAUUCCUUCUACCCAAUGCUUAUUCGUUAUGUAGACAACAACAGGGCAAACUGGUUGAAAAAGCCUGAUGCUGACUCUGAUGAGCUAUUCCGAAUGGUUGCUGAAGUUUUUAUACUAUGGUGCAAAUCACAUAAUUUCAAAAGAGAAGAGCAGAAUUUUGUAGUACAAAAUGAAAUCAACAACUUAGCAUUUUUAACAGGAGACAGCAAAAGUAAAAUGUCAAAGACAGUGCACGUUAAGUCAGGGGGACAAGAUCAUGAACGAAAGAAGACCAUGAGAAGAGGAGAAUUUUAUUCCGUGCAGACCUCGCUCAUUGUCGCUGCUCUUAAAAAGAUGCUACCAAUUGGCUUAAAUAUGUGCACUCCAGGUGAUCAAGAACUGAUUUCAUUGGCAAAAACCAGAUACAGUAUGAAAGACACAGAUGAAGAAGUAAAAGAAUUUAUCUUCAACAACAUGCAUUUACAGAAGUUAGAAGAUCCAGCUGUGCAGUGGCAACUGAAUCUCUACAAAGAUGUCUUGAAGGCUGAAGAGCUUACUGAUCCCGAGAAAAUAGUGGAGCGCGUGCAGAGAAUUUCAGCAGCAGUCUUCCAUCUUGAGCAGGUUGAACAACCUUUAAGGACAAAGAAGGCAGUGUGGCAUAAACUGCUGUCCAAACAACGUAAAAGGGCUGUAGUUGCCUGUUUUCGAAUGGCACCCUUAUACAACUUGCCUAGGCAUCGCUCAAUUAACCUCUUCCUUCAGGGUUAUCAGAGGUUUUGGAUAGAGACAGAGGAAUACUCAUUUGAGGAGAAGAUAGUUCAGGAUUUAGCUAAACCAGUGCUUAAAACUGAUGAAGAGGAAGAAGAAGAAACAGAAAAAAAGCCUGAUCCCCUCCAUCAACUGAUUCUUCAUUUCAGUCGUAAUGCUCUUACGGAAAGAAGCAAAUUGGAGGAAGACCCCCUAUAUAUUGCCUAUGCAGCUAUGAUGGCAAAGAGUUGUCAAGGUGCAGAAGAAGAUGAGAAUGAUGACAAAGAAAAAACAUUUGAAGAAAAAGAAAUGGAGAAGCAGAAAAUGCUAUACCAACAAGCAAGACUUCAUGAUCGUGGGGCUGCUGAAAUGGUACUUCAAAUGAUAAGUGCCAGCAAAGGUGAAAUGGGUCGUAUGGUGGUUGCUACACUGAAGCUUGGCAUUGCCAUCUUAAAUGGUGGUAAUACUACAGUGCAACAGAAAAUGCUGGACUAUCUGAAAGAGAAAAAAGAUGCUGGGUUUUUCCAGAGCUUGUCCGGACUAAUGCAGUCUUGCAGUGUUCUUGACUUGAAUGCAUUUGAAAGACAAAAUAAAGCAGAAGGGCUUGGAAUGGUCACUGAAGAAGGCUCCCUCCUCAUCAGUGAAUGUGGUGAAAAAGUCCUACAGAAUGAUGAAUUUACACGGGAUCUUUUUAGAUUCUUGCAGCUGCUCUGUGAAGGUCAUAACAACGAUUUUCAGAAUUUCCUGCGAACUCAAACAGGCAAUACCACAACAGUCAAUAUUAUUAUAAGUACUGUUGACUACCUGCUACGCCUUCAGGAAUCCAUCAGCGAUUUUUAUUGGUACUACUCAGGAAAAGAAGUCAUAGAUGAGCCUGGCCAGCGCAACUUCUCCAAAGCUUUAGCUGUAUCAAAACAAAUCUUUAAUUCAUUAACAGAAUAUAUUCAGGGUCCUUGCAUUGGUAACCAGCAGAGUUUGGCCCACAGUAGGCUCUGGGAUGCAGUCGUUGGCUUCCUCCAUGUGUUUGCAAACAUGCAAAUGAAGCUUUCUCAGGAUGCUGGUCAAAUUGAACUGCUAAAGGAGUUACUGGAUUUGCAGCAGGAUAUGGUGGUGAUGAUGCUGUCACUACUAGAAGGCAAUGUUGUAAAUGGCACCAUCGGAAAACAAAUGGUGGACACACUAGUUGAAUCUUCUAGUAAUGUGGAAAUGAUACUGAAGUUCUUUGACAUGUUUCUUAAACUGAAGGACCUAAUAAACUCAGACACCUUUAAGGAAUAUGACCCAGAUGGGAAGGGAGUCAUUUCCAAGAAAGAAUUUCAGAAAGCCAUGGAAAGCCAGAAACAAUAUACACAAUCAGAAAUUGAGUUCCUGCUGUCGUGUACACAAGCUGAUGAAAAUGAUAUGUUUAACUAUGAAGAGUUUGAGCAGAGAUUCCAUGAGCCAGCCAAAGACAUCGGCUUUAAUGUUGCAGUUCUGUUAACAAAUCUGUCGGAGCAUAUGCCUCAUGAUUCACGCCUCCACUCAUUUUUGGAACUUGCUGAGAGUGUUCUUAGUUACUUUGAGCCAUACUUGGGACGUAUCGAAAUAAUGGGCAGUGCUAAGCGCAUUGAAAGAGUGUACUUUGAAAUUACUGAAUCUAGCAGAACACAGUGGGAGAAGCCUCAAGUCAAGGAGUCCAAAAGGCAGUUUAUAUUUGAUGUGGUAAACGAAGGGGGAGAGGCAGAAAAAAUGGAGCUUUUUGUAAACUUUUGUGAGGAUACAAUUUUUGAAAUGCAGCUAGCCUCCCAGAUCUCUGAAUCAGAGGCAACAGAAAGGAUAGAGGAAGAGGAAGAAGAGGAAGAACUUUCUUAUGCAAAAGAAACAGAUGAGGAGGAAGAGGAGGAGGAGCAAUCCUUGGAAUCAGCAUCGGCAUUUUCUAUUGCCUGUGCAGCUGUUAAAAAGAACUUUGCACACUUCUGGAAACUAUUCACUUUUAAAAAUAUUCGAAAACAGUAUAGGAAAGUAAAGAAAAUGUCCUUGAAAGAUAUGGUGAAAAUGUUUUUCUCUUUCUUCUGGAUGUUAUUUAUAGGACUAUUCCACCUUCUGUUUGGGGUAGUGUGGGGUCUCUUCCAAGUUAUUUGGAACACUGUCUUUGGAGGAGGCUUAGUUGAAGGUGCCAAAAAUAUCAAAGUGACUAAAAUUCUAGGAGACAUGCCAGAUCCCACACAGUUUGGCAUUCAUGAUGAUAUUGUUGAGGCAGAGAAGGUAGACAUUAGAGAAAACAUUGCUUCGGCUGAACUUGUGCAGUUAGUUAAAAGUGAGAAAGGAGACCUAGAGGUUCCAGAUAUAUUUGGUAUUACUCCAAAGAAAGAAGGCUCAAAGCAUGGAACUGAACCUGGCCUUGGUGAUGUGUCAGAAAUAACUGGCUCAGAUGCUCCAACCACCAUUGAAGGUGCUGUACGUAAAAAGAAGAAAGCACAGGUUGCUGAAACUAUCAAGGAUACUGAAGAAGAAGAGGCAAAGACGGAACCUGAGAAAGCAGACACGGAAGAUGCUGAGAAGAAAGAUUUUGCAAAAGAUGAACAAGUGGAGCCCUUGGUAGAGGAGAAGAAGAAAACACGAAGACGAAGACAUGGCCAGAAAGAAAAAGAAGAAGCAUUUAUGGCAAAUUUUUUUGCCGGUUUGGAAAUUUACCAAACUAAGAUACUGCAUUAUCUGGCUAGAAACUUCUAUAAUUUGAGGCUCCUGGCCUUGUUUAUUGCUUUUGCCAUCAACUUCAUCCUGCUGUUUUAUAAGGUGACUGAGGAUCCAUAUGAAGGGGAAGAAAUAGAGGAAGAAUCUAACAUAUGGGAUUUUGCCGGUGAAGAAGAUGAUGAGGAAGAAGACGAGGGAAUUGUUUAUUAUGUUUUACAAGAAAGCACAGGUUACAUGGCACCGACACUUCGAAUUCUUGCUAUUAUACACACCAUCAUCUCCUUCUUGUGUAUUAUUGGUUACUACUGCCUGAAGGUACCACUUGUUAUAUUUAAACGGGAGAAAGACAUUGCUCGAAAACUUGAGUUUGAUGGCCUUUAUAUCACUGAACAGCCAUCUGAUGAUGACAUCAAAGGACAGUGGGAUCGGCUGGUCAUAAAUACACCGUCUUUCCCCAAUAACUACUGGGACAAGUUUGUUAAAAGAAAGGUAAUCAAUAAAUAUGGUGACCUCUAUGGGGCUGAACGUAUUGCUGAACUCAUGGGCUUGGACAAAAGUGCACUGGACUUCAGCCCAGUUGAGGAAACACAGCCAAAGGAGGCAACUCUAAUGUCUUGGUUGAGCUCCAUUGAUACAAAAUACCAAAUCUGGAAGCUUGGAGUUGUUUUCACUGACAAUAAUUAUUUGUACUUAGCCUGGUAUACAACCAUGUCCAUUCUUGGCCAUUAUAACAACUUCUUUUUCGCUGCUCACUUGCUGGAUAUUGCAAUGGGUUUCAAGACACUUCGAACAAUCUUGUCAUCAGUCACUCACAAUGGCAAGCAGUUGGUACUGACCGUGGGUCUUCUGGCUGUGGUGGUCUACCUGUACACUGUAGUGGCUUUCAACUUCUUCCGUAAAUUCUACAAUAAGAGUGAGGAUGAGGAUGAGCCAGAUAUGAAAUGUGACGACAUGAUGACGUGUUACUUGUUCCACAUGUAUGUGGGAGUCAGAGCUGGUGGUGGUAUUGGAGAUGAGAUUGAAGACCCUGCUGGCGAUCCUUAUGAAAUGUACAGAAUUGUCUUUGAUAUCACUUUCUUCUUCUUUGUCAUUGUCAUCCUUCUGGCCAUCAUACAAGGUUUGAUUAUUGAUGCCUUUGGUGAACUGAGAGACCAACAAGAACAAGUCAGAGAAGACAUGGAGACCAAAUGCUUCAUAUGUGGAAUUGGUAAUGAUUACUUUGACACAACGCCGCAUGGAUUUGAAACUCACACGUUACAAGAGCACAACUUAGCAAACUACUUGUUCUUCCUGAUGUAUCUAAUUAACAAGGAUGAAACAGAGCAUACAGGCCAGGAGUCGUUUGUGUGGAAAAUGUACCAGGAACGCUGCUGGGAUUUCUUCCCUGCUGGAGACUGCUUCAGGAAACAGUAUGAAGAUCAACUCAGUUAAACCAUCUACAAACCAGUUCACAAGUGAACUGAUAGUGCAUCUAAAAGAUGCAUACAAUUGAAACUGAAAGCACAUAUCUAAACUGAGCUGCAGCAUUAUGGCACAAACCUGGAAAGCAUCAGCUUUAUGAAAGAACAUGUUACAUUAAGAAAAGCAAAGUACUGUCUUAUCUCAGAGAAGUAAUUUAGGUCAUUGUAAGGUUCAGACAAAAUCUUUCAAUUACCCUGAAUCUUAAAUAUCUCUGGACUAUUUUAUAUAAAAUACAAAAAAAGGUGACAAAACCAACACAUAAUUGACUUAUGAUCUUCCCAGCAUCCAGCACAUUACUUUAUAUAACUGUGAACAUAAUUAUCUUGUAUCUGUUUGCAAAACUACACAAACACCUAUCUGACAAAAGAGCUUGAUAGGGCUGUUAUAAAAACCUUUGAAUUGCACAAGUAAUGGAAUUUACUGGGAUUUGAAUGCUAGUUACUUAACUGCAUCACUGAAGAAUGACACACCUUGAAAAAUGGAAAAGGACACACUGUUGUGAGGUUAGCUUUUUUACCAGGCUUCUGCAGUCAUAUCUGUAUUCAUAUGUAUGUGUGUAUACAUAUAUAAAAAUAUGAUAACAGGUUAACGUGUAUGAAGUCAGUUUGAAGACUGAACUUCAUUCACUGUGUUAACAGCUAUAGUGAGAUAACAAAAAAGUGCCUUAACAUUCUUUAGAAAAGCUAUGCAAAAGAAAAAUGUUUUAGUACAUUAGCAUUACAGAAUGCCUUGGUUCCCUUAAGAUGCUCUCUAAAUUAGAAUGUUUGCAGCUUUUGUUUUACUUUGUCUUAAUGUAAAAAAAAAAUUAACAUUAAUAAGAUCCAAAUUCCCACAGCCACUCCAAAGCUGCUAUAAUUACAAACUUCGCUUUUAGUUUAAUGUAUUUAAAUUCUUAAUACUUAUUUAAAUAUGAUGGACUCAAGUGUAAUAUAUGGACAUAUGUAUGCAGUAAGGCUGCUAAUUUCCUGCAUUUUAUUUUCCUUAAAUAUUACGUUCACUGCAAUAAAUGACAUUCUGUGCCUCAUGGUAUUUAAUAACUGUUCUCUUAUUAAUUUAGAAAUGUAUUUAUUUCUUCCCUAAGACAGUAUAAGCACAAUGAAAAUAAGCUGUACUGUAACUGUAAAAUAGGAGUGCAAUGGCCCGUUUGUCAUGAGCUGCACAGUUUUAAAUUAAAAUAAAGGCAAUUAAAACUA